AUGGACGACUUCGCUUCCGAGUCAGAUAGCGAUUACACCAGCUACUGGCGGGACUGGUUCAUCUCUUCGCGGGGCAACGAAUACUUUUGCGAGAUCGACGAGGACUACCUCACCGAUCGCUUCAACCUGACAGGCCUCAAUACCGAAGUCCAGUACUACCAAUAUGCGCUGGAUCUCAUCACCGACGUCUUCGAUCUCGACUGCGAUGACGAUAUGAGGGAAACAAUCGAGAAAUCCGCACGACACCUCUACGGCUUGAUUCAUGCCCGAUACGUAGUCACGACUAGGGGUCUGGCAAAGAUGCUCGACAAGUACAAGAAGGCCGACUUUGGAAAGUGUCCCCGUGUAUUCUGCCACUCCCACCCCCUGCUGCCCAUGGGCCAGACCGAUGUACCCAACCAAAAGCCUGUCAAGCUUUACUGUGCCCGUUGCGAAGACGUAUACAACCCCAAGUCGUCACGCCACGCCGCUAUCGACGGCGCCUACUUCGGUACCUCCUUCCACAACAUCAUGUUCCAGGUUUAUCCCGCCCUGGUCCCGCCCAAGAGCGCUGAGCGUUACAUCCCACGAGUCUACGGAUUCCGAGUGCACGCCCCGGCAGCCUUGAUCAGAUGGCAAAAUUCCAAAAGAACCGAUAUGCUGAGACGCCUCAGGAAAAUGGAGGUUGAAAGCGGGUUCAAGGGCGAGAAUGGUGAGGACCUCGAGGAUCUCGAUGAUGAGGAAGAGGACGACGACGACGACGAAGCUGCCGGCUUACUCGAUGAGGAUGUGCCAUUGGACCACGACAACGACGUUGUCAUCGCAGGUGGCGGUCAAACCAACGUUAGUUGA